GAGCUUAUCGACAACGUGAAGCAUGUUGCUAGUGCUGAAUUUGCCAAGAAUAUGUUUAUGUCAAUAUCGAUAAAGUUAAUGGACGGCGAGAAGCUGUUUGGUUUUGCGCGUGCUCCCCGAGCCUAUAUACUUAAGAAAGAAGGGAAGUCGCCUUGGUGAGCCCUUUGAACCAUCAACAAGAAAGGACACUGGAGGACGCGGACUUGGAGAUGGCUCUGAAGCCUCAGCCUUACGGUCGGCUGGUGAAGCUGGAGGAGUACGAGCUGGCGAAGGAUAACGACUAGUUUUGGCACAUGCCGUUCUUAGGUAACAGCGAGCAGGUGGCAAGGAAGUUGCAGAGCUGUCUGAUCCAGUCUGGUAACGACGUUAUCAUGUGUCUUAAGGUGGAGGUGUACAGCCGUCUUCAGUCCGAGGACCCCCAUGCCGAUGCAUUCGUGGCUUUUCCAGGUAGCAAGGUGGUCAAGGUCGUCAGUCAGUUGUUCAAUCAUACCAGCCAGCUGAUGAUUGGAACAACCGCAUGGAGUGCUCUAGUGACGAUGGGAGUUGUGCUGACGAGUGGCAAAGUUAUUGUGGAGCCACAUAACAUCGUUUUCAAUCCUCACAGUGAGUCGCACAUAUGGCUCAAGAAGGUAGUGAGGAAUACCUGUACAACAAUGUGGAGCGUCAGACGCGGUCCAACUUUGACGAAGAGGCCACGUACGGCAAGCACGCUGCCGUACAUCCUCAGUUUAAAUCGCCCUUCACCAGUCCAGUGCUGUUGGCGACUUUGUGGCAUUUCAAGCAUCAGCAGAAGGGAUGGUCAGGCCUCAAGCUUGCUGCCUAUAUUUUCUACGAACUCUACAGUGACAAGGGCGUUGUGCUGAAGAAGCAGGUGGAGGAUUACUUGGCCCUGAU